CCCCGUCGCGUGACUGUAGCGACGCAUCCAUAGCAAGGCUGUUCGCUUACGUCAUCCACUCCCGCGGCCAAAGUUCGCGACUCCAUCACUCACGCACCAAGAGUCCACCACCACCAUCCAGCGCACGCUGCGCAAAACUCCCUCCACCACCUGCCACGAUGCAGGGCUUCAACAUGGGGCGGUACUACCCGCCCGACGCCUCGAACCCACCAAGCUUCAACAACUCCUCCCACGCGCUCGGCAAACGCGCCAACAAGAUCACCCAAGGCAUCCUGACCGUCCGCUUCGAACUCCCCUUCGCCGUGUGGUGCAGCCACUGCACUCCACCCGCCAUCAUUGGCCAAGGCGUACGUUUCAACGCCGAAAAGAAAAAAGUAGGGAACUACCAUAGCACACCCAUAUGGAGUUUCCGCAUGAAGCACAGUGCGUGCGGCGGGUGGUGGGAGAUACGAACCGAUCCACAGAAUAGCGAAUACGUAGUCGUUGAAGGGGCGCGACGGCGGGACUAUGGGCCUACUGUGAAGGAUGAUACGGCGGACGGCGACCUCAAGUUCCUGACGGAGGAAGAGAGGCAGAAGAGGAGGGACGAUGCUUUUGCGAAUCUAGAAGGCAAGAUGGAGGAUAAAGGGAUUGAGAAGAAGAAUAGAGAGAGAGUGGAGGAGUUGUACGAUAAAGCAGAGGUUUGGAGAGAUCCUUACGAUAUCAAUGCGAAGUUGAGGAGGGAGUUUCGCGGGAAGAGGAAGGUCUGGAAACAAGAGGAUAAGCAUAAGGAGGGAAUGCAGAAUAAAUUUAGUUUGGGGAUGGAUAUUGUGGAUGAGACGGAGGCGGAUCGUACGCGGGCUGGGUUGGUGGAGUUCGGCGCUGCGGCUACGGCUGACGAGAGGUCGUUGGAAGCGCUGUCGUGGAAACCACUGUUUGGUGAAGCGAAGGUGGAAAAUAAGAAGGACGUUGAGCCGGCCCCUAAGACAAAGAAGCUCAAGGCGGAUAUAGCGAGAGAGAAGUCGAGACUGGGGUUGCAGCAGACGCUCGUGGGCAAUACGAGGGCUGUGGUCGAUCCAUUCCUCAACAAGGAGGCUUCAGGGACGUCGAAAGUCAAUCUUGGUAUAUUGAAGAGGAAGAGAGAUGCUGAGACGAUGGAUGCAGUUGCACCCUUAUCAACAUCAGGCCAAGAGAAGGAGAAAACAGAAACCGCAGUGCCGACGAAGAAGCCGGCCUUGCUUGGGGCGUUGGUCGGGUACGACUCGGAUUGAUCGCACGUCCAUGCAUUGAUUGACAACCGCCUUGCGACACUGCUCUUGCAUUUAUUGGCGUUUGGGUGAAGGAGCACAUGAUACCCCAUUUCCUAUUUUUAAACCUAUCAGCAAUGCACGCAUUUUGGUCUUCCGUUACUGUCCAGCUUUCACACCUACUGCGGUCAGAAACGCUUCACGCAGUACCUUGCUAGUACAUUCACCCCUCCCAUCGUCCACCUUCUGCUAAUCUCAUACCGCUUCUCCAAACUCCCUAUAGUGUUUGCUGUAGGUACAGCCCUUCUGAUUCCACUGAUUGAACGCAAAAUUCCAGAAGAACCUGUACCCGAGCAAAGACGAAAUAUCAAUGAUCAUGAAUCCAAC